CUCACAUCCAUCUACAUCUCUCUACAUCUUCCAAAACGCUUCAAACCGUAUUCGAAUCAAUACCUCUGUGCAUCUGUUACAGCAUUGUAUAACACUAAUAAUUCUUCGCCAGCAGCAAAACUAGGAAAGCAUAUUUACGGAGUCGAGUAGCCAUGGCAAGCCCAGCAGUUCUGACCCCGGUCAAAAGCCGCUCAUCAAUCUUCUCCACCCGCACCGCUGGCGGUCGGAUGCCAUUGACUCCUUCUCCUCGUACGCCCCAAACCCAGACACCCGAUGUGCCUGGUGCACAUGAGUCUAUUCAUGGCGGCAACGGAAACUUAAUGUCACGAUUCCAACGCUCCAUCUCCAAGGCCUCCGUCCGAGAUUCCCCCAAGUCGAACAUCGCUCGAGCAACAUACUCCCCGCGACGACUGGACCUUGGCGUUUCUGAUUGGACAUUGACGGGAACGAGCAACGUGACGUCAACAACUAAGACACCUGCCAAAUCAAGGAAAGAUGGCACUAUUCGAUCACGACCAACCAAGACGAGGAUAGCCUACAACGCUGCCGACCGUUUCAUCCCAAACCGGACCGCAAGUGAGGCUAUCUGCAACGUUGGCACGGGGAAGCUCGACCUUGAUCAACGACCAAAGUCAAGCUCAACAUCAGGCGAAGGCUCAUCUGUUCUUGCCAACGCUGCCGGUGCCUUUGACAUGGGGGGCCGAGGAUCAGAAGAAGAUGCCACCCUAUUACUGGAAAGCCUCAGUCUUGACGACGACGACGAGGAUGGGCGGCCGCAGUCCAAACCCGCCCCCGAUACCGUUGCAUACCAAUCAUCACUUGCAUCAGCGUGUGGAGUCAACCUUAACACGCGCAUUCUCGCAUUCAAGCCUGCUCCUCCCGAGUCAUCAAAGCCUAUAGACCUGCGAUCUCAAUACAACCGACCCCUCAAGCCAGCCAGUGCCCUCAACGCACAGAACCGUCGUCGCAUUCCUUCUGCCCCUGAACGCGUUCUCGACGCACCAGGUCUUGUCGAUGACUACUAUCUCAACUUGUUGGACUGGUCUUCCGGAAACCAAGUUGCCAUUGGUCUGGAGCGCUCAGUCUACGUUUGGUCUGCCGAUAGUGGCUCAGUGGCCUCACUCCUCGAAUGUUCCCAAGAUACCUAUAUCUCCUCCGUGAAGUGGUCUGGUGACGGGGCCUAUGUCGGCGUCGGUCUCGGCACAGGCGAAGUUCAAAUCUGGGACGUCGAGGAAGGCACUAAGCUGCGAAGCAUGUUCGGCCAUGAAACCCGUGUUGGUGUCAUGGGCUGGAACAAGCACAUCCUCUCCACCGGUGCCCGCUCCGGCCUCGUCUACAACCACGAUGUCCGCAUCGCCCAGCACAAAGUUGCUGAACUAGUCUCGCACACUGGUGAAGUUUGCGGACUCGAAUGGCGCGCAGACGGAGCUCAACUCGCUACCGGAGCCAACGAUAACCUUGUCUCAAUCUGGGAUGCGCGCUCUCUCGUCGCUCCCAAAUUCACCAAGACGAACCACCGUGCUGCUGUUAAGGCUGUAGCCUGGUGCCCGUGGCAAUCUAACCUUCUCGCGACCGGUGGUGGUUCCAACGACCGCCAGAUCUACUUCUGGAACACCACGACCGGCGCGCGCAUCAACCACAUCCAAACUGACUCCCAAGUCACCAGCCUACGAUGGAGCACACACUACAAGGAGAUCGUCUCUAGUGGUGGCUUCCCCGACAAUAGCCUCAGCAUCUGGAGUUACCCCUCUGGAGUGAAGAAUAUGGAAGUUCCUGCUCAUGAGUCGAGGGUCUUGCAUUCGUGCCUGAGCCCUGAUGGCCAGAUGCUUGCGACGGCUGCUGCUGACGAAUCUCUUAAAUUCUGGAAGAUCUUUGAGAAGAAGUCUGGUGCGCCGAGUGUGUCGGGACAGGGCGCAGGCACGGGCAAGGCGAGCGUUGUGAAGCAGAUGACGAUCCGUUAAUUUGGACAAGAAGGUGGAGGAGUAUGAGCGAAGGGG